AGUACGAAUGAGGUCAAGGGUUUAUCAUGUUAACUUUCACAAGAAUAAACGAAUAAUGUUCUGAACCCAAACUGUACAUUCCCGACACACGCUUGACUGUUUUUUGCGACACAAUGUAUGACGCGGUUCUGAUCAAAUAUCGGGCUGGUGAUUAUAAACAACCAAACGAAUAUAUACCAUGGUUCAAGCGGGAUUUCGCAAAAAUAUUCCACAAUGGCAAGCUACAGUUUAUUCCUUUUCGUAUUAUUUGCUACUAUAUUUGUCUGCAGAAGUACACCAAGCGGGAUGGAAUACGAAAUGUCCUGUGGUCCAGACCAGAUAUUCGAAUCCUGCCAGCCUUGCGAAAAGACAUGUUCCAGUCCUACAAAUUGCACUGGUGAAUGUAUAACCGGCUGUUUCUGUAAGGAAGACCUUUUCAGGGCACCAGAUGGGACCUGUGUUAAGUUAGAAGACUGCCCCGCGGCUGAAGUAACUCUAAGCGAAGCAAACGAGCCGUCCAUAGAAGAGUGUCAAUCUGACGAAGUAUACGUGGGCUGUGGGUGGUGUGAGCGAACAUGUUCAGACCCCAGUCCCACGUGCCCAUCAUACUUGUGCACCCGGGGCUGUCUGUGCAGACCGCCACUGCUGCGACAUUAUAGCGGGCACUGCGUGGAGGCUAAGGAUUGCUUGCCACGAAAAUGUACAAAACCUAAUGAGAAGUAUACAAUAUGUAGGUACGGCUGUGAGCCGCGCUGUAAAGAACACUUUUGUAUUCGCCCGCGUCGCUGUCUGCUUGGCUGUCAUUGCAAGCUUGGUUUGCUUAGGGAUCAAAAUGGAAACUGUGUUACUUAUGAAAAUUGUAAUCUAACUACUACCACCGUACCAUCAUUGAAUGUCUAG